CGAGUCUUCAGUGUUUCUCCGCGCUUCCGUUCGUGCGUUUAGGUUGUGGUUCGUUGUGGGAGCGAGUAACGUCGGUUUCGAAGUUGAAAUUAGUGUUUUGCGGAGAGAAGUAACAAAGUCAUCGUUUUUUAAGUAACGUGAAGAAAAUGGCUGAAAGUAAGGGUGCGUUGAUUGCGAAAACAGUGCAAAAACAUGCAGGCAGAGCGAAGGAGAAGUUUCACUCGUCCACACAAUAGAAUAUGUUGUGGAAGUGAAUCGAGGAUAGGCCAUGUCUCGCACAUAGCUCGAGAUAAUACCUUUCUUCAGAAUUUGGGCAAAGUGGAUAGGACCGCUGAUGACAUAUUCGACGAACAUCUGCAGAAUUUCAUGAGACAGCAAAAUGCCGCGAACAGAUUGCAAAAAGAGUUCAACAAUUACAUCAGGUGUGUUCGAGCGGUUCAAGCAGCGUCGAAAACACUCAUGGAUUCCCUAAACGAGAUCUACGAAAGCCAGUGGACAGGACAUGAUCUUUUGUACGUGCAGGCUCAAAAUUUAGACAUGCUAUGGCAGGACUUCACCCAUAAGCUUGCUGAUCAGGUUCUCGUGCCUCUCAACACAUAUCAGAGCCAAUUCCCGGAGAUGAGGAAAAAAAUUGACAAACGUGGACGGAAGCUAGUAGAUUAUGACAGUCAAAGACACAAUUUCCAAUCGCUACAAUGUAAUCCAAGGAAACGGGACGAGCUGAAAGUUUCUCGAGGAAAAGAAUUACUGGAGGAGGCUAAGCGUACAUACGAGCAACUAAAUUCCGAACUUCAUGACGAGCUACCAGCUUUGUACGAUUCGCGUGUUCUUUUCCUCGUUACUAAUUUACAAACGCUCUUCGCCGCUGAACAAGUGUUCCAUACUGAAAGUGCUAAGGUGUAUUCUGAGCUAGAGGCAAUCGUCGAUAAAUUAGCCAACGAAAGCCAGAGAGGAUCAUACACGCUGAAGAAGAGUACAGAACCACAAUCUCCAAAAUCGCCUAACGCCAAUUCUGCUUUAAUAAUCAAUACACAACCAGCUCAGAACAACAUUUCACCAGCCGUGGAUGAGUCUGCUCCAGAAGCAAGAAACACAUCACCGACUACUCAAUUAAAUGGCAAUGCUAACAGCAAUGCUAACAGCAAUGCUAACAGCAAUGAUAAUUCUCUCAAUAAUCAGGACGCAUCUCCGCAAAACACAGUUGUGGCCUCUAAGCGAGUAGAAGAGCUAUACGAUAUUCCAGUUGACGUGGAAUAUGAAAAUGGUACCAAUUUCUCUCUAGGGGCAACGACUGACAACUUGCCACCUGGUGUUUUGUACAGAGUCAAGGCUACUUACAAAUAUAGACGCGAAGACGUGGAUGAAUUGUCAUUUGAUGUCGGUGAUAUUAUUCGUGUGGUAGAGUAUGAUGAUCCAGAAGAACAGGAACAAGGUUGGUUAAUGGGCAUCAAAGAAGAUACUAAUGAAAAGGGUAUGUUCCCAGCAAAUUUCACAAAACCACUGUGAAAGCUUUACUAAAUUCGUCUAUUACACUCCAAUGCUCACUGAAACGGCGUAUUCUAUUUUAAGAAUAGUUACAAUAUUCAAAGUGAGAAUCACACAGUCAUCUGAGGUAUUAUACGUAUGAAAGAAAUAAAUAAUAAAUACACAAUGAGGGGCAAUGGGAAGGGGAAAGGGGUGUGAUGAGAUAGUUAUGCUGGAGGGUACUGUGGAAAAUUAAGCACCCCAAAGUGCCUUAACCCAGCCACUGUCUGUGCCAACAUUCAUUGUUUGUAAUAUGGGAUUUUUCUCCCAUAUCCCAUGUACGAAUACACAUCAUUAAUAAUCAAAUGAAAUAUUUAAGUAAUUAAAUAAUAUAUUGUAAUACAUCACGCAGUACUAUAAUAUAAAACUUAUAUAUUAAAUUAAUAUUAUUUUAUGAAAGUGUACAUAGAAUUAUACAUUUUAAGAAUAUUUUAUGGAAUAACUAUGUGGCCACUGAAAUUAUCAGUAAGAACUAAUUGUAAUGUUUAAGACACCUCUAUAAUGCCCUCUUUUGGCAGCCAGUUAUCAAACUUUAAAAAUCCAAUUAUCUGUUUGCAUUCUUAUAUUAAGAUUUUAUUUACUUUGUGAUGAAAAAUUAGGACUCCACCCGGAUAACGGUAUUAACAUAGAUAACAUGCCAAACUUUCAACGUAAUUCAAUAGCAUAUAACGAAAUAAUACAACUAAUACAUCCUUACUUCAAUACAUUGCUACAUAAGAGCAAAAUAUUAUAAUAUUUAAAUCAAUGAGAGCAUUAGAAUAAUAAAAUUUUCUACAUAAUUCUAUUGAGAGGAGUAUUAUAAGUUCUACUAAUGACACAUAUUUGAAGAUUUGUUCUUAAAAAUUUAUUUAUAUUUUUUAUUAUAUCAUAUAUAUUUGUUCUAUAACUAAGUAUCUUUCUCUGGUAUACAUACAUAGAACAUCGAAUGGCGAUGAUCAAUUAAAUUACUAUUACUGCCCUUACAUCCACUGUAGCAAGGAUAGAAUUAGUGGUCCAAGGAAAACAAUUUGUAGUGCUAAUUAAUACUCGUUAAAUAGAUUUAUUAAGAAAAUUUUACAUCAAACUUUAUGUAACAAAUAGCGUUAUAAUAAUAGAUGAUUACGAAGUAGUGCGAGGAGAUUACUGAUUUCAGCUUCCAUUAAGUUGUGUGUCUUUUUAUUUUACUGUAUUGAUCUGAGACAUACAGAACACAGGAAAGUUGGAUUGUUUAUAAAUGAAAAGUUUUAUGGUUGACCGAUUGAUCCAUUGUCACACUAAUUAUUAAUCCCAUGUACAAAUUCAAACUGUGGACGAGUAUGUUAAUGCGUCAUAUAUUACAGGUGCAUAUUAAGAAAAUAUGUUGACCAUAUGUUACAAUUACAUAGUUAUGAUAAUCAUAAUGAUAGGGAACGGACGUAUAUUUAUAUUCUACGAAGAGGACCAACAGAAAAAGUAA